UUGGCUCCUGCCAUUCACACUUUGUACAUUGAACCGAAUCGAAACCGAAAGGAUAAGGAUUCGAUUAAUACCCAUCGCCAGAAGUCAGAAAGCGUUAUGGAUUUCAGUAGAUCUUUUCUCUUUUUCCUGCUAAAUAAGGAUUUCAGUAGAUCAACGCCCCAGUUCUUCCAUAUGAAACCUACACCCUUCCUCUCCCUAAAAAAUAGUUUAUACCCUACAGCAUUUUCAUCUUAGCCUACCCUAUCAGAUUUUCUUCAUGACGGGAAGAAUCAGGACAAAUGCAACCGAGAAACCGGUCCGAGUGGAUAAGCUGCGGCCUUGGUCUGAGCUUCCGACAGAGCUACUGGAGGUUAUUGUGUCCUGUCUCUGCGACGAAGAUAAUGUCCGCUUGUCCUGUGUUUGUAAGAACUUCCGUUCAUUCCGUGUGGUAAAACAAUGCCCUUGGCUAAUGUUCUCCCCGGCAAUAGGUGGCAGGAAAGGUUACAUAAUCAAGUUCUUUGACCCUUCACAGGGCAAGUUCUAUUUUGAUGAAAACAUAGAGCUAAGUAAUACAUUUUUCCAGUGCAGCAAGGAUGGAUGGGUGUUAUUUUCUAUAUUGGGCAGUAGCCUUUUCUUAUUCAAUCCCUUCACCAAGUCAAGAAUCAAUCUUCCCUUUCACUGUCAGUUACCAAAUUGGUUUGUUGGGUAUAAAUUUGCUUUAUCUUGUGCGCCCACGUCCCUUGACUCUAUAGUUUUCGCAAUUGGGAAUACUGAUCUUCAUGGUGAAGAGGUUUGUAUUUGCAUAUGUCAUCCAGGGGAUGCAAAUUGGACGGUUUUUAAGUACCAAAAUACUGAUGGUGAAUUAUUCAAAAGUGGGGAUGGUCCAGUUUUCUGCAAUGGAUCGUUCUAUUGCUUGAGUGAAUUUUCUGAUAAUUUGGUAGGGACAUUUGAUCCACAGAACCAUACUUGGAGUAUCCUUCCUGUGCCAUCACCUAACCUUCCUUGUCUGAGCUUAGAUCAACAGAGAGCUAAACACUUACUUGAAUUCAAGGGGAAGCUGCUAUUGGUGUGCGUAUCUUAUCCUGAAAAUCCCAUAGUAUUCAGACUAGAUUUGACCAAGAUGAAAUGGGUUGAAAUGGACAGCUUGAAUGGUGUAACAGUGUUUGUCAGCUCUCUCUCUUCUGUUUCAGCAACUGAUGUCCCAAAUGUAUCAAGGAACAGUAUCUACUUUUCAAAGAAUCGUUUCCGUGGAAAGUCUAGCUACUUCUAUUCUCUAGAUGACGGUAAGUACCAUCCUGCUAAGCAGUGGCAUGAAGCACGAAGAAUUUCAAAAGUUGGUUGGAUCCAACCACCUAAGAUGACUCAUCCUGUGUUUGAAGAGCUCUAAAUGUUAUGCAUGUCUUUGUAAGGGAUUUCUGAAACUUCUAGUUCUGUAUAUUUAUUUUUUCUUUUUUAAGAAUGAAAAAAUACUGUAAGUUGCAUCAGGUGUAUUUUUUGUUGAUGCUUGUGUCAGAAAUUGAGUAUGAGUCUCGAAUACUUGGUUUAGGUUUUCAAAAGUCCAAUUAUCUAUUCUAGCAAUCAGUUAGAUGAAAUUUAAGGCAGAUUAGACUUUGAGGGACAAAUGAAGAGCAUUUGAGUUUUUUUUAUAUUGAAAUGGAAAUUUAGCAGGUCAAGUUGGGUAAACAUGCAAACAGUUGGGUUUAUACUAGUUAUAUCUUGUCUGAUUUGAUUAUU